AUGGACCCCUCACAAGUCAAAAUCCCCCCGAUGAAAGACCUAACGGUCGACAACAUCACCGAAAACGUCAUCACAAUCAACUCCCUCUGCGAAGACGAACGCAUGAAAUACAUCCUCGAACGCCUAGUAACCCACCUGCACGACUUCGCCCGCGAAACCCGCCUCAGCAGCGACGAAUGGAUGACGGGCCUCCGCUUCCUAACAGAAGUAGGCCAAAUCUGCACGACCGUCCGGCAAGAAUUCAUCCUCCUCUCGGACGUCCUGGGCCUGUCUAUUCUCGUCGACUCGAUCGACCACCCCAAACCAGCCGGUUCGACCGAGGGCACGGUGCUGGGCCCGUUCCACACGCAUGAUGCGGAGGAAAUGCCGAAUGGCGAGUCGAUGUCGCAUGACCCCAAGGGGGAGCCGUUGCUUGUUGUGUGUACGCUGCGGGAUACGGAGGGGCGGCCUAUCGAGGGUGUGAAGAUUGAUAUUUGGGAGACGGAUUCGACGGGCCAUUACGAUGUGCAGUAUGCGGGCAGGGAGGGGCCGGAUGGUCGGUGUGUGAUGCGGUCGAAUAAGGAGGGUGUCUUUUGGUUUAAGGCUAUUACGCCCGUGCCGUAUCCUAUUCCGCAUGAUGGGCCUGUGGGGAAGUUGUUGAAGAAGUUGCAUCGUCAUCCCUAUCGGCCCAGUCAUAUGCAUUUCAUGUUUGAGAAGGAGGGUUAUGAUCAUUUGAUUACGGCUCUUUACCUUCGCAACGACCCCUAUGAAACCUCCGAUGCCGUCUUUGGUGUCAAGGAUUCCCUGACUGUGGACUUGGGCAAGGUCGGUCCUGAAUUGGCUGCCAAGUAUAACGUUCCCGAGGGCCAGGCUCUGCUCACCUAUGACUUUGUCCUGGUCUCAGAUGAAGAGACGAGCGCCCUGCGCGCGAAGAACUCCAAGAUUGCGCUGGAUAAGUUGGGCCGGAAGGUGAAGAUUGUGAAUGGCUUGCCCGUGCCUGAUCUGGAUUGA